AUGUGGAGCGCCAGCGAAAGAUUGACUCUGAGCCAGAUUCCCAUUCACUUUCCUGCAGUCAGCCUCGCCCAAACCGUCCCAGUGCAGUUGCGACCAGCACUAGGGCGUCUUGUCACCAAACACUUCACCAUUGGUGGCGAAGUAGACAAGAUAAUCACCACUUCCAGUACCACUUUCCUUUCAUUCGGAGGCAACCGCAAAAAGAACGAGAGGCUAUUUCCCACAGCAGGAGCUGUGCCUCAGAAUGGGCAGCAUCCGGAAGAUGAGUUUCGGUUUCGGACAAAUGAGGUUCCUGCAGAGCAGCAUCUCGGGAUGCAAACGUCUCCCAAGCCGUUGCAUGGGACGCAUGGGGACCGACUGGACGGUCGCCAAACCAUCGUCACACCUUUCGACCUGGAACUCCAUUCGUCUGCAUCAGAGAUGCUCAAUGGCUGCAUUCACACACACAGUAUGAACAGCAUUGGCAACAAUGACUGUCGUCACCGACUAGAGCAGCAAAAGAGUUCAGAAGAGAGGGGCAUUGGCCUAGCCAAGGACGGACACCGUCCAGGUGAAGCACAGACCUCGGACAGGUCCAGACAGUCUGCCCCGUUUGUCAUGGGCUCACCUGAUCCGCCCGGCGAGACAAGGCUCAGGCGCGCUGCAGUCCAGUCAAGGCCAGGUCGGGCUGGACUGGGCCGGGCCGAGCCGAGCCAGACGACAGUGAGACCGUGUCUGCUAGACAGCAGUUGCACCGGCCCAGACGUGGACUAA